UAAUGAGGUUAUUAUAAAUGCAUUCCAAGUUGAUGAAGAAAUCAGUUUUUAAAACCAUGCACGAGUUGCGGACAUUUCGUUUUUAUUUGCUUUAUUACUCUCCGUUUCGAAUCGAAGGCGCGAUCAUCAGUCGUCUCGUGCAACCGGAGAAGCGAAAAUGGUCUCGGCGCUCGAGCUUGCGUGAAAGGAAGGGAAGGAAGGAGCAGACCUCGAAAAUGCGGGAUGUCUCUCUCUCUCUCUCUUGGAAAAGAGAAAUGGUCGGAACGAACGAGAGAUCCGGAGCGCGCGCGCUGACUGGAAAAGGGGGAGAUAUAUGGAAGAGAGAGAGAGCGCGCGCGAGAGCGAGAGAGAUGGAGGCGGGGGGGGAAAAAAAGUCUCGCGGCUCUGCGGGGACUGGAGGAGCCUCGUGCCCUGGACCGGCGGCGCGCGGCUGGCCAACGUUCAACCCUCCCCUCGUUCCACACAAGCAGUUUCCAACCACGCGCGCGCUGCGACAGGUCGAACUCGCCGCCGCCGCCGCCUGUUUCUUCUUCUUCUUCUUCUUCUUCUCCUGCUCAACAACAACCGCUCGGUUAAAAACUGAUCACCUGAGAAGUGAUAUUCGAGAAUGAAUGGAGCCAUGGAUUCCACCAGUAAAGAGCCAGUUAUAGUUUGGGCCCAGGAUGAUUUGCUGAAGCUCCUGGACGCCAUGAAAGUGAAUCUGCCAGAGAAAGACCUGACCAAGUACAAGACGACUGAAGCUCAUCUAGACUGGGGGAAGGUUGCUUUUAACACGUACUCGGCUGAGAUGUGCAAACAGAAAUGGCUUGAGGUCUCAAGAGAGAUCCGUAAAUUUCGCACACUGACAGAGUUAAUUGUCGAUGCCCAAGAAUACAUCAAGAAUCCUUACAAAGGCAAAAAACUGAAGAAACACCCAGACUUCCCCAAGAAGCCAUUGACACCAUACUUCCGCUUUUUCAUGGAAAAGAGAGCAAAGUAUGCUAAACUUCACCCAGAGAUGAGCAAUCUGGACCUGACAAAGAUCCUUUCCAAAAAGUACAAGGAGCUGCCUGAACGUAAAAAGGAGAAAUAUGUGCAUGAUUUUAUCAAAGAAAAGGAAACUUUUGAGCUUAACAUGUUAAAGUUCAAGGAGGACCAUCCAGACCUGAUCGAGAACACAAGCAAAAAAGCGUCCAAUGUACCAGAGAAACCUUUGACACCACAGCAGCUGUGGUACAACCAUGAGAAAAAAGCUCACCUCAAAAUUCACCCUGGGGCCACCACCAAAGACAUUAAAGAAAGUCUGGGGAAGAAGUGGACACAGCUUCCAGAUAAAAAGAGACUGAAGUGGAUCACCAAAUCUCUAGAGCAGCAUAAGCAGUAUGAGGAGACAAUGCGGGAGUUCAUUCAACAACACCCGCAGUUGAACCUGACUGAGAGCAAUAUUGUGAAGACCACUUUGACUAAAGCAGAAAGACAGCUGAAGGACAAGUUUGACGGGCGACCAGGCAAACCACCAUCGAACGGUUACUCGAUGUUCUGUGCUGAGCUUAUGUCUGGCAUGAAAGAUGUUCCAAGCACUGAGCGCAUGGUCAUGUGCAGCCAGCGCUGGAAACUGCUCAAACAGAGCGAGAAAGAUGCCUAUCAGAAACGCUGCGAGCAGAAAAAGAAAGAAUAUGAAGUUGAGAUGAACCGAUUCCUGUGUAGCAUUUCAGAGGAAGAACAGCAGAGAAUCCUGGCAGAGCAAAAGAUGGUGGGAUUUAAAAAGUUCCCAGGCGCUGCCAGCCCCAGUCCCAAAAAGAACUCUAAAGCAAAGAGUAGUCCUGUUAAGCCAAAGCGACCGAUCUCUGCCAUGUUCAUUUUUGCUGAGGAAAAGAGGCAGAAGCUUCAGAAGGAGAGGCCUGACUUGUCUGAUAGUGAACUCACCAGACUUCUGGCCCGCAUGUGGAAUGACCUCUCAGACAAGAAGAAGGAAAAAUACAAGAACUUGGAGGCAGUGCUGAAAGCAGAGUCAGAGAAGCGAGGGAAAGAUGAGCAAAGCAAGCUGCCAGACCCACCCAAGACCGCGCAGGAAAUUUGGCAGCACAGCGUCAUCGGUGAUUACUUGGCCAGAUUUAAGAAUGACCGGCCAAAGGCACAAAAAGCCAUGGAGGCUGCAUGGAACACCAUGGAGAAGAAGGAGAAAAUCAUGUGGAUCAAAAAGGCUGCAGAGGACCAGAAGAGAUAUGAGAGAGAGCUGAGUGAGAUGCGCUCUCCUGCUGGGAUGGUUGCCGCAGGGAAGAAGAUGAAAUUUGAAGGAGAGCCCAAAAAGCCACCAUCAAAUGGCUAUCAGAAGUUUUCUCAGGAAAUGUUGUCUAAUGGGGAGCUGAACCACCUGCCCAUGAAAGAGCGCAUGACUGAAAUCGGCAGCCGCUGGCAGAGCCUCCCGCAGAAGGAGAAAGACCGCUACAAGAAAAUUGCAGAGGAGAAACAGAAGCAAUACAAAGUGCAACUUGAGCAGUGGCUUUCGAGCUUAACAUCUCAAGAGAGAGCUACAUAUAAGGAAUACAAUUCCUUGAAAAGGAGAAACCCGAGUAAACCAGGUGGUACCAGUGCUAAACAGAAACCCAAGCCCAAGAUCUCGGAUGAAGAAGAAGAAGAUGAUGAUGAUGAAGAAGAGGAGAAGGAGUCUGAGGAGGGAUCAUCAAGCGCAGAGGAGAGUGAAGAAGGGGAUGAUGACGAAGAUGAUGAUGAUAAUGAGGACGAGGAUGAAGAGGACGAAGAGGCAGAGGAUAAGGAGAAUAAAUCUGAGAGCAGCAGCAGUGCGUCCAGCUCAGAGGUUUCCUCUGACUCUGACUCUGAGUGAGGGGUAGCUGGAGCAGUGCAAGCCCACAGACUGCCACAGACCCUGUGAACUGAGCCAUGAGGCAGAGCCUUGGGCCUGCAGUGCAAUCCUCCAGCCACCAGGGGGAGCGCUUUCCAUUGCACCACCACGUCCAUUCGCAUCUCUCACACACCUUCCUUUGCUUUAGCCUUACACCCCCUCCCCUACCCCCCUCUCCAAUCAGCCCUGGCUGAACUUUCCUGAUGAGUUUAUUGAGGACUGAGAGGAUUCCUAAAUUCCCCAUGGGUAACACACAUCUGUAACUGUAGCAGAGGUUAAAUGAGUGAUUAAUGUUUUAAGAUCUAUGGGGAUUUAAAACAUUUUUCUUACCAUUGCACUUUGUGGCAUUGUUUGGAAGGGUUGUUGUGUGAACGAAGGGUUUGGGUUCUUUUCCAGACUUUUUAGGGGAACGAAGGACCCGUGAGCCAAAGAGUCUUGUAGCUCGGUGGGUUUCUUUGAGGAGGUGAAGCAAACCAAAUGAUUCACCUCUCUCCUCUUCUCUAUCCUAAUCUACAUCACUUUUCCAAAAAAAAAUUCCCUUUUCACCUGUCCUGCUAUAGUGGUGUAAGUUUGCUCUUUGGUUCAUGAUGAUGUGGUAACUUCAGGAACAAUGAAGUUUUUUUGUUUUUUGUUUUUUUGAGUGUCAGUCCUUGUGGAUUGCAUGUAAAUAAGCCACCAUCUCCUGUGCUUGUUAGGUGUUGGAGCUUGGAGCUGCUCCAUCCAUGUUUGCUUUUUUUUUCUUUCUCUCCUUUGUAUAAUUGGCAGAGAUUCCUCAUUUUUUGUUGGGUUUUAACAAUUUUCAAAUGAUUGCUUUAAAUUUAAAGACAUUUUGACAUCAGAGUCUUUAUAAUAAAAAUAGCUGAAAGUAUAUUUUGCCCAGAUGUGGUACAGUUUUGAGAGGAAUCUACUCCCCAAAAUCCUGUGUGUAACAGUUUAUUAGUUAGGAUUAUGAUCGGUGUUGGUUUGUUCAGUCCAACUUCAGUUUUCCUUAUUAGCUUUUUAAAAAAAAUUAUUUUAAUGUUGCUUUGCAGGGCUACACAUGUUUUUUUUGUUGUUCUUGUUGUUCUUGUUGCUUUUUUCUUAAAACAAAUGGUUUGUUUUAAAUAUUGGUUUAUUUUAAACGUUUAGUAUGUAUGAAUUUUUUCCUUGCACUUAUCCCGAUCAGCCUCAUCAGCUGACUGUCCUGUGUUCCUGUUAUCCCAUUCCCUUUAACCCCUCUGUAUUUUUAUAGUCACUGAUGCAUUCUGAUACGCACCAGCUCAAGGAUUGUAAACAAAUGUUUUAUUUAACAGAUGAGAGGUUCUUUGUUAUGUAUAUAUGAACAGUUUGGGGUAGCUGUUUUUUUUCCCCUUCUCAUCUGUGCCCUGUGUGUUGAAAAAGGAAAAAGGAAAAAAAAAAAACCUCAUUGCAUAAAUUUUGUUUUGUUUUUUAAAGAAUUUUGAGCUGUGUGUGCACACCACUUGGAUCACUGGUGUCUGUUGCUGUGUUUUAUGCCCCUACACGGCAUUAGGAGACCCAGAGAUGUUAUGUCGGUUCGUCUUUGAAUGAACAAGACAUGAUGUAGUGUGUGUCAUAUAUAUCUCACUGAAUGAACUGCUUAUUUAUAAUGUUUGUUGAGGAGCAUAGCAGCUGUGGAAUCCACUAUAGAUUUGGGAAUAGGUCUAGAAGUGAUGAGAUCAGUACAGUUUGUACAGACUGGUUCACUGCUGUUGUAUGGUAAUUGUAAAUAUGACCCUUUUUUUUUCCUCUUCAAUUUGUAUUGCGUGAACAUGGUUUAAUUUGUAUUUUCACUUGGCCAGGCUUCCCUAGGCAGUGCUUGCAUCAGCCACUGGUUUGGAUUACUUUGUCAUUUGCCCUGAGGAGGGAAAAUUUUUAAAUUUAUGUUUUCAUUUUUAUACCCCGCGGAUAUUUGUUUAUUUGUAGAAAUGGCAAAAAAAAAAAAGAAGAAGAAGAAAAAAAAAGACAUUUGUACUGCUAAUUUGGAACAUUUGGAUGUUUUCUAUAGUCAGAGGUGUUAUAUUCCUGGAAUAUACAAUUUGAACAAAUAAACCUGUCUUUAGCAA